GCGGGAGCGCCCGCCCGAUCCUGGGCGCGGGGCGCGGCCAUUGGUGACGCACGCCGGGGAGCGCGGCGCCCACGUUUCCACCAUCGCCUUAGCGAGGCCUCACCCCUGCGCUCCAAGUUCGGGGCUGCGGGCGUCCGCGCUUCCUCCCUCCCGGAGGCGGGCCCGACCCCGCCCCUGCGCCCCGGGUGGCUCCCGGCGGCCCCUCCCACCUCCUAUCCUCGGCCUCCCCGGCGCGGCGCAGUCCCACCAGCCGCUGGCUGAGCCGUCGCGCGGACCCCCCGUUUCCCGCGGCCGCCUCCCCAGGCAUGGCCCAGGGCCUCGCCUCACUAUGGCAGCAGCACGGCACAGCACGCUCGACUUCAUGCUCGGCGCCAAAGCUGACAGCGAGACCAUCCUAAAAGGCCUCCAGUCCAUUUUCCAGGAGCAGGGGAUGACCGAGUCGGUGCACACCUGGCAGGACCACGGCUACUUAGCGACCUACAUAAACAAAAACGGCAGCUUUGCCAAUUUGAGAAUUUACCCACAUGGAUUGGUGUUGCUGGACCUUCAGAGUUACGACGGCGAUGCAGAAGGCAAAGAAGUUGACAGUCUUUUGAACAAAGUAGAAGAAAGAAUGAAAGAAUUGAGUCAGGACACUACUGGGCGGGUGAAGCGAUUACCACCCAUAGUUCGAGGGGGGACCAUUGACAGGUACUGGCCCACUGCUGACGGCCGCCUGGUUGAGUACGACAUAGAUGAAGUGGUGUAUGAUGAAGAUUCACCUUAUCAGAACAUUAAAAUUCUGCACUCGAAGCAGUUUGGAAAUAUUCUCAUCCUCAGUGGGGAUGUUAAUCUGGCGGAGAGUGAUUUGGCGUAUACCCGGGCCAUCAUGGGCAGUGGCAAAGAAGAUUACACUGGCAAAGACGUGCUGAUUCUAGGAGGUGGAGAUGGGGGCAUUUUAUGUGAAAUAGUCAAACUGAAACCAAAGAUGGUCACUGUUCCGAACAUUGACCAAAUGGUGAUUGAUGGAUGUAAGAAAUACAUGCGAAAAACAUGUGGUGAUGUCUUAGACAAUCUUAAAGGAGACUGCUAUCAGGUUCUAGUAGAGGACUGUAUUCCGGUACUGAAGAGGUACGCCAAAGAAGGGAGAGAAUUUGAUUAUGUGAUUAAUGAUUUGACAGCUGUUCCAAUCUCCACAUCUCCGGAAGAAGAUUCCACAUGGGAGUUUCUCAGACUGAUUCUUGAUCUCUCCAUGAAAGUACUGAAACAGGAUGGGAAAUAUUUUACACAGGGGAACUGUGUCAAUUUGACAGAAGCCCUGUCACUCUAUGAAGAACAGCUCGGGCACCUGUAUUGUCCUGUGGAAUUCUCAAAGGAGAUCGUCUGUGUCCCUUCAUACUUGGAAUUGUGGGUAUUUUACACUGUUUGGAAGAAAGCUAAACCUUGAAGAUCAAUAGCCCCUCAUCAUGUGUGCUACAAAUAGCCUUCCUGACCUGCACAUGCUGUAUAUGCCAUCAAAACGAGUCAGGCAAUUGAUUGUGAAUUCCUUCAAGUUUUCUUUUUUUAUUUUUUAAUUUAAAAAAAGGCAAAUGGAAAAUGUAUAUUUUGAUGACCUAGGGUGUUAUUUUUUGAAAGUCAGCUGAAGGAUGAUUAGCUAGCAUAGCAAAGGCUGCUAAAUGCACUGAACCCUAGAAUGUGAUUUUUUUUUUACUUUUUUUUUUGUGUGUGGGCUGUUUUUGUUUUUGUUUUGGUAGACUUUGAAUUUGGUUGUUUGGAGGAAUGAAUAUCACUGUUUUAUUCUGGAGGGGAGUUCUUGAUGGUGUUUCUUUCCCAAAAAAGGAAUUGACUUACGUGGUUAAAAUUUGGUGCUUUUAUGAAAGUUAAAAAAAGUUAAUCAGCAAUGCUUUGAUUAAAAUUAAAAAUGAGAAA